AUGACCGGAGAGCCGUUCCAGAUCUUCGACCGGGCCAACGCCUUGCUAGAGCACUGCACCGACAGCAGACGCGCCGUCUUCCCCGGCACGUGCCGUGUAUUCGCCAAAAAGGGGGUGGGGGGAGGUCUGGGCUGCAGCGAGGAGAUCCCGAACCAGAUCGAUGACUUUGUGGUCGUGGUCGGUGUCUUCAAGGUUUGGGAGCGGAACUUUCCGCUCCACUACAUGAGAGAGCUCGUCGUGUCCUACAGCAAAAUCUUUAUGCCUAGCACGCCUGGUCACAUGGACACAUAG